AACUCUUUUUAUGUCAUAUUCACGUGGCCCAUCAAAAUAAACCAAACAUCACUGCAGAUACCGAUGUUUUCAUAAAUUGCGGUGACCUACAUGGAAUUUGUUAAAUUUUAGUAGUCCAUUAUUCAGUCAAAGAAACCUUUCCUAUCUUAAAAAUGUUAUGUUAGGUUAUUAUAUCUUUGACAACGUCCAAGGUUUCACUGACAGUAGUGCAGCCUUAUCCUUUGUUCUAAAACAAUAAAAUAAGAUAACUAUGAUAAAUUUGAUGUGAUAACGGUCUCACUCCUUUAUUGAAUUUCGGUGAUAUAACUGUGUCGCAACGAUGAUGCUCGAAAAUGAAAAAAUCGCACAGGAAAGCGACGAGAUUCAAGAAACACAGAACGGGGAACCGUCUGACGUGCAGUACCAAACACUGCAAGAUCUUUGCGAAAAUAAUAUCAACUAUUUCGUCAACGACAACACCCCUAAUGGACAACGACUACAUCAGUCAUUCGUGGCUAUCAAAGAAGCAGUUGAGAACGUUCGGCCUAUAAUUAUCGACCUAUAUAACAUUUCACUAAAGUACAACUUUGAGGAAAAUUAUCCGGCGAACGGCUAUUAUAGUUACAUAUUAAUGGUGGAGGGCACCAUUUCCCAUCUAGUACAAUUUCAUAGGAAAGUGUGUUUAAAGCGUCAUAAUAUUUUAUUUCGGAAAUCUUCGUACGCAAAAGAGAUGGAGUCGUACGUAAGUUUAUUAAAAAAUUUAGUUACUUUUGGAGAGGGUCUAAAGCUACUGAGACUAGCCGAGAAAGACGGUUGUUUAAUUCUCGACAAUUUACCCGAAGAUCUGAUUGCCAAAAGUAAAGAGAUCGAUCAGCACACUUUCUAUGGGAGAAAUCUCGGGUUUCAGUUUUGUGAAUCCGUACGACCUAUGCUGAGAUUUGUCAUGCUGUCAAUGGCCAUCUUUUCAGAAGCCUUCUACAGUCACGGAUCGAUGUUCUCGAAAGCAAAAAAUUCUGUAACGACGACGGCCAAAUACAUAUUAGAUCCGGAAGAACGAUCGAAGCGAGUCAUCAAGAUCUUUCAGUACGCCCCGGUGGAUUUUUGCAAAUCAUUUUGGUUUUUGUCGGAAAGCGAAUUAAUGAAGCAAAUGCCGUUGGUUAUCGGGCACUCUGUUGCGGUGUCGAAGUUAAUACAGAUACCGCCUCAGCCUCUAGUGUUAAAUACAGGCGAUGGAGACAUCUCUGUGCCAGUUCCUUACUCGUAUAUAGGUAAACGGCCAGUGCAGGUUCGAUUAAUUUCAUUUGAAGCAAGAGAAGGUAUGAUUGGAGAAGUUGGUACCAAGAACAAGUUGCACCCUGCUAGUAGAGGGUUAAUGAUACAUUGUCACGGUGGCGGGUUUGCGGCGCAAUCUUCGCAAUCUCACGAAUGCUACUUGCGAGAAUGGGCGAAGCAGUUAAACAUUCCUAUCUUAAGUGUGGAUUAUAGUCUGGCACCUGAAGCCCCCUAUCCUCGCGCACUUGAAGAAGUCGUUUUCGCUUACACUUGGGCUCUCCAGAACGCGCACUUAUUGGGAACAACAGCCGAACGAGUUGUUUUUGUUGGUGAUUCCGCUGGCGGCAAUCUCCUUCUCGGACUAACCCUUAAAUGUUUGGCAUUAAAUCUGCCGUUACCCCAAGGAAUUGUGCCAAUCUAUGCGCCUACGUGGCUUUCCUCGUUUGGCCUUUCACCCUCACGGUUUAUGCUGCUAAUGGAUCCGCUCAUACCUAUCGGUUUUGCCACACGUCUAAUAAAAGCUUAUCUCGUGCCUGCCAUCAGCAAAGAUCCGCCAAAAAGUGAUUCAGAUACCGAGAGUUUUGAGGAAAUUUCACAGUCAGAUCUUGUGGAGCUCCAAGCGCAUAAGUCGCCUGUUUCAGAUGCCUCCGAAUCGAUUACCUGUGGUUCCCUUAGUUCACCGACAGCAGAAACCAAAGACACCAUUAAACCAGUUGACAUUAGCGAAAUUGACUUUGUUUCCGAAAGUACCACCCAGACCGUUAACCCAUCCGAUUUUCUUGAGAGAUACGUGUUAGAUUCUGACACAGACACCGAUGGUAACAGAAUAGCAGUUUUAAAACAGGAAACUACAACGCAACAGUAUGAACACUCAAUGCACCAAAGACUCGCCUCUGUUGUUUCAAACUUGAGGCAUCGCUUCGGCAGUUGGGUAUCUACAAAACAAAAUGGCGAAGAAAUAUUUCUCGACACUAGCAAACCGUACGAUAUAUUAGAAGAAUGUAGUCAUAAAUUUAAUACUGACGCUUUUGCAAGCCCGUAUCAUGCAACGAAUGAUAUGCUUAGUAGGUUUCCGUUAGUCAAAUUGGUGACUACUCAUUUAGAUCCAUUUCUUGAUGAUAAUGUAAUAUUUGCAAAUAAGUUAAAGAAAUUAAACAAAGAUGUUACCCUUGAUGUAUUACCAGGUUUGCCACACGGCUUUCUAAAUUUUUCUAUGGUAUCCAAAGAAGCAGAGCAAGGAUCUAAACUAUGUAUUCAAAGGAUAAAGGAAAUCCUCGAUCUAGACAAUUUGCCACCUUUACAAACGAGUAGUUAAAUCGUUUUAACGGAAAGGAGGACACGCCUAAGCCUAACAAGAAUUUGUUAAUAAAUGUUGAUUAUAGUUGAAUACUCACACUUACGUAAAUAUGUAGAUAGUCAUAUUUAUUGAACUUAUAGAAAUUGUCACAUUUUCUGAGAGGUAGUAUUAUACGUACUAUUAUAACUAUUACUAAAAUGAACAAUAAUUACUACAAUAACAGUCUGUAAUUGUUAAUAACUUAUUAUAAUGAAUUGUGGUAAACUAAUUGCUCUUGCAUCACAAACCUAAGUAGUUGUAAUGUAUAUACCUAGUCCAAGAUUACUGUGUAGAUAAAGGAAGACGGUCUAAGUGACACAGUAUUUUGAAAAGUUGUCAAUACUUCUUAGAAAUCUGAGAUUUUAAAGCUUUUUGUUUC